ACCCUCCUCUCCCCCUCCCCCCCUUAGGCGCUAUACAGUAUUCGAAACGCUGAGAAUUGCGCUCUGUUACGGAUCGAGUCCGUAUCUAUUCUUUAAAUUGCUUAAAGGAGGCUAAGACGAUCAGAAAAUGCCUCACAAUUUCAAAGCAGGAGAUUUGGUUUUCGCUAAAAUGAAGGGUUAUCCUCACUGGCCGGCCCGGAUUGAUGAUGUUGCUGAGGGAGCGGUGAAACCACCAUCAAAUAAAUACCCAAUUUUCUUCUAUGGUACUCAUGAAACAGCAUUUUUGGGACCAAAAGAUAUUUUCCUUUUUGAAAAAUACAAGGACAAAUAUGGAAAGCCGAACAAAAGGAAAGGAUUCAAUGAAGGAUUGUGGGAAAUACAAAACAACCCAAAUGUCAGUUUUACCGCACCACCGCCAUCAAGCUCAUCUGACAGUGAAGUUCCAGAAAAUGAAGCACUCCCAGGGAGUGGUGUAGAAGAGGACAAACAAGUGAGUGAUGAGGAAUCUGACAAAGACAGCAUUGAACAGAGUGGCAUCAAGAGGAAACCUGUCCUUCCAAAGCGACCUGCUCCAAAACGUGCUCGCAAAUCAAGUGAUGAAGAGGAAGAGGAAAGUGGUUCCAACUCGCUUGAGGAGAAUUCUGAAGCAAGUUCCUCAGAAUCUGAGAAAAACAGUGACCAAGAAUUCACACUAGAAAAGAAAGUUAUUUCUAGAGCACCUCGGCGCGGUCCUGCAGCUGGAAGAAAGAAAAAGAAGUAUGAUUCUGAGGAGGAGCAGGAGAAUAACGAGGAUGAAGAGAAAGAGAAGAAGCAUAUAGAAAUGAAGGAAGAUGAUGAUGAUGAUGACUACAAGAAAGAAUCUGACUCUGACAACUCCAUAAAGAAACCUGUUAGAGGUAGAAAACCAGCAGCUCAAAAGAAGACUCCUAAACCAAGAGGAAGGAAGCCAAAAGUUGAGAGGUUACCUUCUGUCUCCAGCAGCCUCAGCAGUGACAGCGAUUCUGAAGAUAAGAUCAGUGACUGGAAAAAACGAGAUGAAGAACGAAAGAGAGAGAUAGAGGAAAGGAGAAGGAAACAGCAGGAGGAAGAGCUACGAAAAUUAAGAGAAAAGGAAAGGGAGGAGGAAGAAGAGGAGAAGAGGAAACGGAAAGAAGAAAAAGAAAAAGAGGAUGAUCAGGACACGCUAGUUGAUGAAGUAGAUGAAGUAAAGAAAGAACCAUCAAAGAAAGUCAAGAAAGUUCGGGCUAAGUCAAAAUACUCCUCUGAUUCGGACUCUGCAGUGGAAAAGGAGGUGAAAAAAAAGCCAAAGAAACCACAUUCUGAACCCACAAGUAAACAGAAAAAAGAAAGAGAGCCUAAAGAAAGAAAACGUAAGCAGGAAGAUCGACACAAAGAAAGGGCAGCUAAAGCAGAAAAAGAAAAAAAGAAAGAAGAGAAACUGCAAGUUAAAAAAAUAGAAAAGAAAAAAGAAAUGACGGCAGAACAGAAGCUUCAGAAAAUACAUACUGACAUUAAGCAUGCUCUAAAGGUUGACAGUCCGGACGUAAAGAAGUGCGUGGAGGCACUUGAAGAACUACGGACAUUGCAAGUCACAACACAGCUCUUGCAGAAACAUAGUGAUUUGGUUGCAACACUAAAAAAGAUACGUCGCUAUAAAGCUAGCCAGGAAGUCAUGACAAAAGCUGGGGAGAUCUACAGUCAUUUAAAGUCCAUGUUUAUGGGAGGAGAUGAUUCUAGCAACAAUACAUUGAAAAAGAAUCCCUCUGAACUAGAGCAGCAGAAAGAUAACACCAAAGAAGAGGAGAAAGAAGCUGAAAAUAACACAACAAAGAAGCAAGACUUGGAUUUUGCAGUAAAUGGUGAGACCAUGCCUGUGAAGAAUGAGACUCUCCCAGAAAAUCAAGAACAAGAUCGACCACAGGCAGAAGAAGGGAAUAAUACUGAGGAGAUGUUGAUUGGCAAAAAAAACAGUGCUCCAGAUUUAUUAGAAGUGCUUCAGUCAGAUGGUAAACACACCAGUGGCACAGAACCAGUCACAAUGGAGAUGGAGUCAGCCAUCAAGAGUUGAGCCUUUGAAUCCAAAACAACUAUGGGACUUGUUUCAAGAUCUGGGUUACUUUCAAAUAAGAACAUUUGUCACUUGAAUUGUCCUAGAACCUAGUAAAGACUGUUUGGUUUUGUUGUCUGCCCAUACAAAGAAGCUGAAAGAGGUUACUUGUUGUGCAGAGCUUUGUUUUUCUUCAUUUUGUUGAAAAGAGAACAAAGAUAAUUGUCAGCACAAUUAAGAUCUCUUUUUUUCAUAACCUUAAGAAGGAGGAAGUGAAUGUGAUGCAAGUACAAAAAUGGCUGCUUUUAAUGGAUGAAAGGUAUUGAUGGGAAAUUCCUUGGAUGUUCUUCUGAUCAGCAGAAAUCCUGGAUAAAUGUGUAAGCAGGGUUCCUGCUGAAGUUCUGGCAGCAAAUUUGGAAAACACCUGAGGAAAUCAUGAUGCACGCUUUACUUAAUUCAAUGGACUUGAACAUAUUUGUUCUCUGACUUCACUUGAAAUUACUUGUUUGAACAUUUUGUCAUUUGAAGUAUGUUCUUCAUGAUGGCUUGGCUCACAGAAUUGGUCAUUUUUUUUCAAAACCUCUUCCAGCUACAAUGGACCAUUACUCAUUUCCCCCCAAAAUGACUAAUUUAUCAGUCCGUAUAUAACUUCAAGGAAAAAGAAACCUAUGUAGACCUUUCAGUUUUAUGUCAUUGUAAAAUACAGCUUUGUAACCAAUUAUUAAAGUUUGACCUUGUGGGAGUUUGUACGUGA